AUGUCCUUGAGAACCGCCACCGUUGCAGUGACCGCAGCUGUUGUAGCUGCUGCCGCUGUGGAGGCUUACCAUCGUUAUUUUGACUCACCUGUGGAUUGUUCAUCACAUUCUCUGUCAUCCACUGUGGCCAAGAAAGAGCAUUCCGAAGAACUCAUCCGUGAACAAUUGACGAGAAACUAUGCCUUCCUCACAGAAGAGGGUAUGGAGAAGGUCCGCAACCAGCGCAUCGUCAUCGUCGGUGCUGGCGGUGUUGGUUCGUGGGUCGCCACGAUGUUGGUUCGUUCAGGUGUGGGAAAAGUCAGAAUCAUUGACUUUGACCAGGUUUCCCUUUCAUCACUUAACAGACACGCUGUUGCUAACUUAAAAGAUGUGGGUAUUUCCAAGGUUGACUGUUUGAAGUCCCAUUUGCAUGAGAUCGCCCCAUGGGUUGAGAUCGACGUUCACAACAAGUUGUGGAACAAAGACGUGGGAGAAGAGCUCAUCUUGGGAGGUGACUUCGAUCCUACUUUGGUGGUCGACUGUAUCGACAACAUAGACACCAAGGUUGAUCUUUUAGCCUUCUGCCACGAGAAGAAGCUUAAAGUCAUCUCCUCUGGUGGUGCAGCAUGCAAGUCUGACCCUACCAGAAUCAACAUUGCUGAUAUUUCCAAAACUGAGGAAGAUCCUCUUGCAAGAUCCGUCAGAAUCCGUUUGACCAAGAGAGGAAUCAUUAGUAACAUUCCUGUUGUGUUCAGCGCAGAAAAGCCUGACCCACGUAAGGCUCGUCUUUUACCCUUGGAUGAAGAUGAAAUUGCUAAAGGCGAUGUGGAGGAGCUAGCUGCUCUCAAGAGUUUCCGUGUAAGAAUCUUGCCUGUUCUUGGUACGAUGCCUGGUAUGUUCGGUUUGGCAUUGGCCACACACAUCAUCACUACUGUGUCUGGCUACCCAGUUGAAUACGUCGAGGGCAAGAACAGAUACAAGAUCUACGAUGGAAUCUUACAAAGUUUGGCUGGCCAAGAGGCAAGAUUGGGCCAUUUGGAACAAAGAACGCCUGUUUCUCUCAGGGACGUGCCCUACAUCGUUGAAGAAGUCUUCCGCGGCAAGUCCGUGGUGUCCAACUACUCCACGAGGUUGACUCUUUCUAGGUGGGACCCAAGUAAGGAGUUGAGUUAUCAGAAUGUUGUUGUGAUGACAAAGGACGAGCAGAAGAACCAUGAAAACAGGGUGUUGAAGGGCGAGGAGAAAUUGGAGGAUGUAUAUAGUGAAGAGGUACUUCAAAGGGUCGCUCACAGAUUUGCUCAGGAGAAGUACUAUUCUACCUUUAGGUAG